CCGCCGCAUCAUCACCGCCCACCUCAUCAUCAUUCCAGUCCAGCUCCAUUCACCCCUCCCCUUAUACACUCCACCGACUCCGCAAACACUAACUAGACUCUGUCUUUUUCUCUGCCUACCUUCAGUCAGUUUUUUUUGCAGGAAGCCAGGGACUAUACGCUGCGUGUCACCGACACCACCGACUGGUACACUCGUCUCCCCGCUCAGGUCAGUAAAGCUGUCAGUGGCAUGGCAUGGCUUAGUUAGGAGAGUUAUGCACUGAUCUAACAUUUCAGAAAUAGUCAGUGUUUCUCAAUACCCCAUUAAAACUCCACACUUCCUCCGACGAGUCAACCAAUCCAUCAAUCGAACAACCCAACCCAAACCAACCAACUCAACCCCCUAACACACCCCACCAUCCCAACCAACAACCCAACCCAAACAAGUCAAAGAACAAACCAACCAAAAUGGCCCAAAUCAACUACCGCACAAUCAACGUCGACGCCUUCGACCCCGACUCCUCCGUCAACUUCCCCAUGGACAGCCUCCUGCCCGCGACGCUCCCCGCACCCAGCAACGCCAGCGAAGCCGCCAACGUCGCGACCCAAGUCCGCCAGGUCCUCCGCAGCGGCGAUGCAGAGGGCGCCCUGCGCUACGUGCUGGACACGGCGCCGCUGGCAGGCGACGACCGCGCCAAGGAAGUCCACAUGGCGACCGUCGUCGAUGUCCUCCAGGGGAUCCGGCAGGGGGAGAUGACGCGCGUGCUGGACGCUGUGUGCACCGGUGAGGGAGGGUCGGAGAGGGCGGAUUGCUUGAUGAAGUAUUUGUACAAAGGAAUGGGUGGCUCCCAGGCACCCGGCAGCGGAACGCAGACUCCCAAAACCCCCGGCUCGCCGCAAGUGUCGGGAGGGUUCUCGCAGAUCCAGGCGCGCAAUUUCGGCGAGGGCGGCAGUGCGCAGCAGAUGAGCGUUUUGCUGAGUUGGCAUGAGAAGCUGGUGGAGGUUGCUGGGAUGGGGACUGUCAUGCGGGUUAUGACUGAUCGGAGGACUGUUUAACUUUAUUUCAUUCUUCAUUUCACCUCUUCAUUUCAUAAAUCUGUAAGUAGUGAGUCGAUGGUGGUAUACAUAUUGUGAUAGAAGGACGGCUAAGGUAGUUGUCUGCGAGUGAAU